GUAUUAAUUUUGUAUAAAACCUUUUUGCUUAUUAUUAAAUAUUGGUAUUAAUAUCUAGUAAAUAUCACGCAAUAAUUAUACCUUUAUAUAACCCGGAUAUAUAACGAUAAACAAUGUCAGCCAACAAACAGCUGGAUCCCACUGUCUGCAAUGUUAAAGUAACACCCGGAGCUGUGGUGUGCUUUGAGGCAGACUAUUAUGGAGACAUUACGAUUGGGGCACGUACAGUCAUCCAUCCAAAAGCCCGCAUCAUUGCAGAGUCUGGACCCAUCAUCAUUGGAGAAGGGAACCUGAUUGAGGAACAAGCCCAGAUUAUCAAUAGAUUACCUGCAGGCACAGAGGCUGGUGAUCAACCGGCAGUAAUGGUUAUUGGAAACAAUAAUGUCUUUGAAGUGGAUAGUUACUGUCAGGCUUCAAAAGUGGGUGAUAACAAUGUGCUUGAAGCAAAGAGUCGCGUGGGUCCAGGUGUAGAACUGACUCGUGGAUGUGUUGUGGGUUCCUUAUGCUCUUUAGCAUGCCCACAAGUUAUUCAAGAAAAUACAGUAAUUUAUGGAGAUGAACUCCAUCAUAGAACUCAGACUGAAAAACCAGCACCACAAGGACUCCAGCUUGAUUUCUUGACCAAAAUUCUGCCAAAUUAUCACCACCUUAUUAAGCCCAAGAAAAAAAUGGCAGCUUGAUUAAGCUAUUAACAUUAUAAAGAAUUAAAUCCUGGCUAAGCUUCGUAACUUGUGCGCUCAACUUCAAAGAAUGAAGUCAAACUACAUGUAAAUUUAUCCAAGGCACUAAAAAUAUUACUGCUUACACACAUGAUAUUUUUUUCUUUUUCUUUUGGCUGGUUAAAAAAGUUAGUGUAAUAAAUGUGCUUCACUAUUACAGGAAAACUAUAUGCAGUGAUAGUAAAGUGAGCUUACAUUAGAUUUCUUGUAUGCCAAGAUCUAUUAUCCAAUAUAUUUUCUUGGCAACAGAAAAUUACCUUUCUUUGGAGUUUUAUUAUUAUCUGAAGUGUGACAUUUUAAAUACUGAAUAGAUUCUCUUGCUUUAGUUUGCUAACUUUCACAUAUCUUAAUAAAAAAAGCCUUUAUCAAUGUUGUACAAUCACACAAGUACUGUAUUUCAAAAGGGACGUCUAACAUGCACAAACAUAAAAGAAAACUUUUAUUACAGGCAUAAUCAAUGGAUGAAAUUUAGGUCCUAGUCUUACGUUAUACAGGGAUAAUCAUCUGGUAGCUCUUUGAUAUUUAAAGUGUGGCCAGGCAAUAAAGAGAAUAUCUGUGUAUCUAAUGAUAGUUAUCAUAAUUGGUAUUAGGCACACUACAAAUAAAUAUAAGUUUAAAUGCUACCAUCCUUAUAGGAUGAAUCUGUACUCCACCAUGUUUAUGUCAAUUCCAUUUUUUUUUGAGUUCUGAUUUACAUACAUAAUAUCUUAUAGUACACAUUUCAAUGUUAUAUACACAAUUAUAUACCAAGCUCCAAAACAAGCAUUUAGUUUCUCCUGAGCAGCUUUUCCUUGCAAGCUUAUAUCCUAUUUCUACAUUGCACAUCAAAGGUGCAAACAAACUUUAGCUUAUUACAAAAGUGAGUCUGCAAUACUUGUACUGUAGUAGUAAAAAAGGAACAAGAUCUAAGAUGCCCACCAGAAAUAUUAAGAACAGAAGAUAUUUACAAUAUUGCCAUACAAGUUUACUUAAUGUCUGAACUGCAAAUUAUAGUAUUUUUUGUAUAAUUCAAUAGCUGUUUAUGGAAAAAUAAAAUUUUGGCCAAA